AUGAAUGCUCGAAAAAAACGUGUAACUAGUUACUUAAUAUUAGAAUAUUUACCAUCAAAAGCAUCAGUGAUUGUUAUCCUUCUAUUGAUUGGUUAUACAUUCGUGAUUCAUUUUUUUUAUUCAAGAUCUUACUCACCACAAAGUGAAGAUGAAAUAAAGUUGUACGAAAAAUUGAUUGAAAUAACAACAUCACGUCAAACAUUGUGUAGUGAAAAAGCAACAAAACGUGGUUAUGGACAAAAAGUUAUUAGUCUAUCAUUAUUUGGUCCAAAAGAAAAUUCAAUAUUUAAUGCCGACCGUAUUUAUCAAUUUUUAUUACCAUUUCUCAAUGAAGCAAAUGAAUUAUUUCCAGAUUGGACAGUUCGACUUUAUAUUGAAGAAAACUUGGGUGAAUUUAUUCAUAUAAAAAAUUUAACAAAAACCUAUUCCAACAUUGAUUUAUGUGACGUUAAAAAUCUACCGAUCAUUGGUGAUGUUUCUACCUAUAUGCCUGGAAAAAUUUGGCGUUUUAUUCCCACAUUAGAUCCGUUUGUUGAUUAUGUAUCAUCACGAGAUGUUGAUUCACCAUUAACAACACGUGAACAAGUCGCUGUUCAACAAUUUUUAACAUCCGGUAAAUUAUUUCACGUUAUACGAGAUCAUCCGAUGCAUGGUGUACCUAUUCUUGGCGGAUUAUGGACAACUGCUAACGGAAAAAAUCGUGUAUUUAUUUUAAAACUAUUUAAAGUUUUAUUAAAUCAAGAAAAAAUACGUAACUAUCCAAAAACACAUGAUCAAACAUUUCUAGAAAAAUUAAUUUGGCCACAUAUUUCUUCGUUUGCGUUAAUACAUGAUAGUUUUACAUGUCAUAAAUUUAGACGUGGUCAAUUAGUCCCGUUUCCCACACAAAGACCAAGUCUUGAUUGUCAUGUCGGAUGUGUAAGACCAUGUUGUCAAAACAAAUCAAUAUCAACAAUCAAACAACAUUGUCCUGCAAGGUGUCGACCAGUUCAACAUCAAGACUGGAUUUAUUGUUAA